AUGACCUUUCCUGCAUUCCACGAUAUCCUCUGGCGCCUGAGACGCCCGGAUCCCCAUUUGGAGCGGCUGCGCCGCCCUGUUCCCGCCCUUGCCCGCGGUGUCGACCGUGUCUUGCAUCCCCGCCGCUUCCUAUCCCUCGACCUGUACGCGAUCCUUGAUGAGGCCGAGGACGAGCCCCUGCCGCUCUACACCCGGUGGGCUAUUGACGCCGAGUUCACCCCUCCGGCAUACGCCCCGCGUCCUACGGGACCUCCUCCAAGCUACGAGGACACCCUCCGCCACGACCUUCUCGGCACUCCACCCGUAGCUCCCUCCCCUUCCUCCGGCCCCGGUCCUGACCACCAUCGCCACGUCACAUUCGGCGCCGGCACGAAGCAAAGGCGUCCCCGACCGCCCUCGCUACAGCCCGCACUUGCCCGCCCCGCGGGCGGCAUCGGACUGUCGCAGCGACCGCCCACACCGCGGCCGCGGUCGCCGCCGCCGCCGCCACGGCAACAACAACAACAACAACAACAACAACACUACCUCCAUCACCACUACCAUCACUAUCACCACCACCACCGUCACCAUCACCUCCAGCAACAGCAGCAGCGGCAGCGGCAGCGGCAGCAGCAGGAGGAGCUGCAGCUACUGACCCCGGCGCAGCGGGCCAUGCGCGGGAAGUGGUUGCGGGUCCCGCCCAAGAUUGCCGGGACGAUGCGUGCGUCCCUGGCGGCGGCUGAUAAUAAUAAUACCGCUGCCGGUGGCGUUACUGCUGGAUUUGGGGGCGUCUGA